UUUGUGCCGACUAUCUGCUGAGGUGCUUCACUAAUGUUAUCUUAUUAAUAUUCACAAAUUUAUUUUUUUAAUUUUAUAUCCUUCUUUAUUGGCUUCAUUUUAUUUUCAGAGUGUUACAUGCCUAAAAUCUAUUCUUAAAUUCACCCUGCUUUACAAUAUAAUUUUAUUUGGAAUAAUAAAUAGCAUAGCAGCAGAACCCAUUAGCCAUGUAAUUAAACAGUUGUUAUAAAUUCAAUGAGUGAGGUGGGAUUGUACAUAAUUUUUUCAUGACUGAGGCUCGUCGUCAUGUCUCCAAUUUGGAGAUAAGAAAAUUGAAACUCAACUGGGUCACUUACCCAGAACUCACAAACAUGAAGUGGUAUUGCCAGAAUGUGAAUCUAUUUCUAAUUGCAUUGCUUCUCUAAUACCACCAUAUGGCACUCAGACAUGAGGCUCUAUCCUUAAUAAGAAGAGCAUGAGGAAGGAGAACCAGAGCAGCAUUUCUGAGUUCCUCCUCCUGGGGCUCCCCAUCCGGCCAGAGCAGCAGGGCGUGUUCUUCACCCUGUUCCUGGGCAUGUACCUGACCACGGUGCUGGGGAACCUGCUCAUCAUCCUGCUCAUCAGGAUGGAUUCUCGCCUCCACACCCCCAUGUACUUCUUCCUCAGCCACUUGGCCCUCACAGAUGUCUCCUUUUCAUCCAUCAUGGUCCCCAAGAUGCUGAUAAACAUGCACUUUCAAGAUCAAUCCAUCCCCUAUGCAGGGUGUAUAAUACAGAUGUAUUUUUUCAUAUUUUUUACUGAUCUGGACAAUUUCCUUCUCACCUCCAUGGCAUAUGAUCGGUAUGUGGCUAUCUGUCACCCUCUCCACUACACCACCAUCAUGAGAGAGAGGUGUAUCUUGCUAGUAGCUGUAUCCUGGAUCCUCUCCUGUGCCAGUGCCCUGUCUCACACCCUCCUUUUGGCCCAGCUGUGCUUUUGUGCUGACAACACCAUCCCCCAUUUCUUCUGUGACCUUGGUGUCCCGCUCAAGCUCUCCUGCUCAGACACAUCACUUAAUGAGCUGGUCACUUUCACAGCAGGAGUGGCAGUCUUUGCCCUCCCUCUAAUAUGCAUCUUGAUCUCUUAUGGCCACAUUGGAGCCAUUCUGAAGGUUCCAUCUGCCAGGGGGAUCUUCAAAACCUUAUCCACAUGUGGCUCCCACCUCUCUGUGGUCUUGUAUUAUGGGAUAAUUAUUGGGCUUUAUUUUUUCCCCUCAUCUGGCAGUUCCAGUGACAACAUAAUUGCCUCUGUGAUGUACACAGUGGUCACUCCAUUGCUUAACCCUUUCAUUUAUAGCCUAAGGAAUAGAGACAUGAAGGGGGCCCUGGAGAAACUCUUCAACAGGGCAAGAGUCUUAUGUCGGUGA